AUGUCCAACUGCAUGGACGUCUCGGCCACGCCGUCCCCGGAGCCGCCCCCGCCGACGGCGGCGCUGGACUACGACGCGGCGGUGAUCCUGGCGGCGAUGCUGUGCGCGCUGGUGUGCGCGCUGGGGCUCAACUCCGUGCUCCAGCAGUGCGUGGCGCGGUGCGCCCGCCGCGCCGUGGCCGACCCCGCCGGAUGGGUGGCGCACCGCCGCGCCAACGCCGGGCUCAAGCGCGAGGCCCUCGUCGCGCUGCCCGUCGCCACCUACGCCGGCGAGAAGAAGCAGCAGCAGCAGCACGCGUCCGCCAGCGGCGCCGGGUGCGCCAUCUGCCUGUCGGACUUCGCCGACGGGGAGACCAUCCGGGUGCUCCCCGUGUGCGGCCAUCGGCUCCAUGUGCUCUGCGUCGACAGGUGGCUCACCUCGCGCUGCUCGUGCCCCACGUGCCGGCGCCGCCUCUCCCCUGACCGCGCCGACGCCGGAGAAGGGCAGCACCGCCGCGAACUGCAAGUUUUGAACGCCGUGUGA